AUGGCCUCAAUUUUGGAGUCUUAUGAGAAGCAAUAUGGGAACCUAACCAGUGAAAUUACAGCAAAGCUAAACACAAUAUCGAGACUCUCAUAUGAUGAUCGGAAAGCGGAAAUCGCAGCUACAUCUCGUUUGUUCGACGAAACCCGCGAACUACUUGAGCAAAUGGAUCUAGAAAUUCAGGACUUGCCAGCUGACCUCAAACCUAAGUAUUCCACUCGACUCCAGUGUUAUGGGCAAGAGCUUGCUCGGCUUGCGCAAGAGUUUAAACGUCCACGUUACAGUUUGAAUGCAGUUUCGAAUGCAGUUGAUCACCCCGAUCACAGUGCGCUUCGAGAGGAGCUCUUAAGUGGGGCAGCGGCUGAUUCAGGAGACAUGCGAACCUGUCUUCUGACAAACACAGAGCGUGUUGAGCGAACAGGCAAACGUUUGCAUGAAGGCCUUCGCAUGGCCUAUGAGACAGAGGAAAUCGGUGGACAAAUUCUCGGUGAUUUGGACCAACAGAGAGAAACUAUCCAGCGAAGCCGUGAUCGCCUGCGACACGCGAAUGAGGAUCUCUCGCGCAGUUCUCGGCUAAUCUCAAAGAUGUAUCGACGGGUUAUCCAGAACCGAACUAUUCUCAUAGCGAUUGGGAUUAUGAUGUGUCUGAUCUUCUUUGGCAUUAUUUACAUCAUGUUCUUCCGCAACUCAAAGGUUGCCGCAACUUCCUCUGUACCGGGUUCCCCUCUCAACACAACAGCCCACAAACCCUCCUAA